AGCGGUAACCUGUCUGUGGACACGCCCUUCAUUGGCUCUUCGCCUUUCUCACUCCUUCACAGUCCCUACUGGGAUCACCCCCCAGUGAAGUCCUUGCACUCCGGUUCUCAUUUUGGGGUCUGCUUUUAAGGCAUUCCCCAAACAUAAUUCAUUCAAUUCCCAUCUCUGGCAUGCGCCCAACUGCCAUGGUCAGACGUCCAAGGCUGGUCCAUUCUAGAAGAAAGGCAGAGACAGCUCUUCACCAACUCCGGGAUGAACCACAUCACGCCUGCUCUUGGGGAGGCUCUAGCCUGUUGGGGAGACAGAGAUGGGCCCGGAUGAGGGCCACUCCGUGUGCUGGGAACUGUAUCAGAAAAGUCAAGCAAGUCUUUGCUAAGCAGUAACAGGGCUGGGUACUGAAGGCUGGGUAGGAGUUGGCUGUUGGGGAGACGGAGGCAUUCUAAGCAGAAGUUUGGGGGUAUGAGCAUACACAAGUUGGGCAGGGCAAAGGAGUAGGAAGGAGACUAGAUUUGGUUGGGGGAAAGGGCAAGGGUGGGCGGAGUUGGGGCCUGGCAGGCCCUGACUGUGAUGGAGAGCUAUGGAGUGCUCCUGGGCAGGGGACUCACAAUGUCAGGCGAGGGUUUGAAGAUGAUCCCUCUGGACUGGUCAGAACCAGGGGCUGACUCAGCCAGACUCCCUAGGUCAAGGCUGAAAAGUUGGCGUGUUUUAGGGGGUGAUUUUGAGCCUGAGGCACUAGGGAAGAGGUAGGGGCUGAGGCCCAGGAAGGAGUGUUCCUGAACUUGAAAGGGUCCACCUCCCAGGACCAGCCUUCGGUCUUGAUAUGACCUGAUUCAGCUAAACAAAGGCGGGGAGGGGGGACAAGGCCUGGGUGAUUUGUCAGCUCACUGCACCUGAGGUAACCAUUAACCCCUCCCCUGGGAGAACCCAGGGGCUGGUCCCUUGAGGGGCAGAUCCUGGACAGAAUGGAGGACUACACAGAGGCAAGCUUGGCGCCAGAGCUGGAGGAGCAGAGGGUCUUAAUCGACAACCCUGCUGACAUCGUGGUCAUUGCUGCUUACUUCCUGCUGGUCAUUGGUGUCGGCUUGUGGUCCAUGUGCAGAACCAACAGAGGCACUGUGGGUGGCUACUUCCUGGCGGGACGAAGCAUGGUGUGGUGGCCGGUCGGGGCCUCUCUCUUUGCCAGCAACAUCGGCAGUGGCCAUUUUGUGGGCCUGGCGGGGACUGGCGCUGCCAGCGGCUUGGCUGUGGCUGGAUUUGAGUGGAAUGCGCUGUUUGUGGUGCUGCUGCUCGGCUGGCUCUUCGUGCCGGUGUACCUGACGGCGGGCGUCAUUACCAUGCCGCAGUACCUGCGCAAGCGCUUCGGCGGCCAUCGCAUCCGCCUCUACCUGUCCGUGCUCUCGCUCUUCCUGUACAUCUUCACCAAGAUUUCGGUGGACAUGUUCUCGGGGGCGGUAUUCAUUCAACAGGCUCUCGGCUGGAACAUCUACGCCUCCGUCAUCGCGCUCCUGGGCAUCACCAUGGUCUACACGGUGACAGGAGGGCUGGCGGCGCUGAUGUACACGGAUACCGUGCAGACCUUCGUCAUUCUCGGGGGCGCCUGCAUCCUCAUGGGUUACGCCUUCCAUGAGGUGGGCGGGUAUUCUGGGCUUUUCGACAAAUACUUGGGGGCAAUGACGUCGCUGACGGUGUCGGAGGAUCCGGCCGUGGGCAACAUCUCCAGCUCCUGCUACCAACCCCGGCCCGACUCCUACCAUCUGCUCCGGGACCCUGUCACGGGGGACCUGCCGUGGCCUGCGCUGCUCCUGGGGCUGACCAUCGUCUCCGGCUGGUACUGGUGCAGCGACCAGGUGAUCGUGCAGCGCUGCCUGGCGGGGAAGAACCUGACCCACAUCAAGGCGGGCUGCAUCCUGUGCGGCUACUUGAAGCUGAUGCCCAUGUUCCUCAUGGUCAUGCCGGGCAUGAUCAGCCGCAUUCUUUACCCGGACGAGGUGGCGUGCGUGGUGCCCGAGGUGUGCAAGCGCGUGUGCGGCACCGAGGUGGGCUGCUCCAACAUCGCCUACCCGCGGCUCGUCGUCAAGCUCAUGCCCAACGGUCUGCGAGGACUCAUGCUGGCGGUCAUGCUGGCCGCGCUGAUGUCCUCGCUGGCCUCCAUCUUCAACAGCAGCAGCACCCUUUUCACCAUGGACAUCUACACGCGCCUGCGGCCUCGCGCGGGGGACCGCGAGCUGCUGCUAGUAGGACGGCUCUGGGUGGUGUUCAUCGUGGCGGUGUCGGUGGCCUGGCUGCCCGUGGUGCAGGCGGCCCAGGGCGGGCAGCUCUUCGACUACAUCCAGGCCGUCUCCAGCUACCUGGCGCCGCCCGUGUCCGCGGUCUUCGUGCUGGCGCUCUUCGUGCCCCGCGUCAACGAGAAGGGUGCCUUCUGGGGACUGAUUGGGGGCCUGCUGAUGGGCCUGGCGCGCCUUAUUCCCGAGUUUUCCUUUGGCUCCGGCAGCUGCGUCCGACCCUCCGCAUGCCCCGCACUCCUCUGCGGGGUGCACUACCUCUACUUCGCCAUCGUGCUCUUCGUCUGCUCGGGCCUCCUCACCAUCGUCAUCUCACUGUGCACAGCGCCCAUCCCGCGCAAGCACCUCCACCGCCUGGUUUUCAGUCUCCGGCACAGCAAGGAGGAGCGGGAGGACCUGGAUGCUGAGGAACUGGAAGGACCGGCCUCAGCCCCUGUACAGAACGGGCGUCCGGAGCACGCGGUGGAGAUGGAGGGUGAGGCACGGCCCAGGAGGUGGGGCUGCGGACUGAGGGGGGCAAGUUCCCUCACACUAACUGUCGGGCUUCAAUUUCUCCCAGAGCCCCAACCCCCGGCACCAGGCCUGCUCCGCCAGUGCCUGCUCUGGUUCUGUGGAAUGGGCAGGGGCGGGGCAGGCAGCCCCCCACCCCCCACCCAGGAGGAGGUGGAUGCGGCAGCCAGGCGGCUGGAGGACAUCAGUGAGGACCCGCACUGGGCCCGUGUGGUCAACCUCAAUGCCCUGCUCAUGAUGGCCGUGGCCACCUUCCUCUGGGGCUUUUAUGCCUGA